CACUGGAGGAUGCCAAUCUCAAGUUCUAAACGCAUUCGAAUGAUACACUCAUCCUUUGUUUUGUAGCAGGCCAUGAAAACAAAUGUUGAUUUGACAUUUCUCUGCAUUUCUUCGCGUAUGUAGGUGAGAUAAACAAGGCGUUAUUUUCUAUUGAGAUGAAUUCAAACCUCAAACAUGCUGUGGAAGAGCUCAAGAAAAAUUUCAGGGAUCAAGAAUUUGCAUUUGAUUAUGUGGAUAUGGAAAAGUGUCUUCGGGAGUUCAAAACAGAGCUUUAUAUUAAGAGGGAAGAAGUAAAGCAACUGAGAAAUGAUUUGGAAUCAGCAAAUUUUGAAAUAAAGGAAUUGAAGAAGGCUUAUGAUACAGUAAAUACACUUCAUGAAGAGAAAACAUUCAAUCUGAAUCUACUGAUGAAUAAAUCUGGAAAUCAGGAAAAGGAGUUGCUAGAGAAACGCGACUCUCUUAUGACUCUUCAAAUGCAACAUAAAAUGACCGUGGCAGAAAUUGAAAUACUGAAGGAAAAACUUCAAAACAGCGAAUCCGAAAAACAUGAAUUUACCAGAAAAUUGGAAAAUUUUGAAGCCAAACAACGCCAUGACUUCAUUUACCAUAAUGCAAUCAUGAAGCGUGAGACUAAUCUGAGGAGUAUGAUGGAAGAAAUGAAUGUGAUGAUGGCGAAACUUAAAAAAGAUCAUACCGAAAUCAUGAAGCUCUCAAAUCAAACAAAAUUUGCAGAAGAAUUAACAGAAAAAAUUCAACACCUUUCCAGAAACUAUGAAAAACUUAAGGAGGAGAAGGAAAAUUUCGAGGAACUUUAUAUCAAAAUAAGUGCAAAAUGUGAAAAACUUCAAGAAUUCAUGGCCCCCAGGAGUGAAAUACAUGAGCCCAAUUUGAUAACCAAAAUAAUUUUCAACCAUUGGAAAACAAAUAGAGCAAGAUACUCAGAAAAAAUGGAUGAAAUUUUAACAAAAAUUACGGAGUCAUACAAUUCUGAAAAGACCACAAAUAUUCAGUUGAUUUUUCGCAAUGAAGAACUUACAGAGUUGUUACAGAAGGCCAAUUAUCACAUUAAAAAUUUAGAUUGUGAAAAUGAACGGUUAAAGGAAUCCCAUCUCAUAAUGACAGAAGAGUUGAAGACAAAAAUUGAACAGUUAGAAGAAAGAAUGAGAAAGUCAGGGAUCAGCGAGAUUACUGAAAUCAAGGAUGAACCGAUAGAAAUAGAUUGA